AUGACGACGCUCCUCCAAACCGGCCUUCGAUCCUCAUGGAACGCCACCACACGCGCAUGCCUGACCUCAUCCUCUAAAUGCUCGCUCCCGCAGUCAAGGAUCGCCAACGCUCUCAGGACACAACAGCAUACUAAGCCUUCGUCACUGUCAGCCCGUCGUGGGUUGGCAACAGACCACUCCAAGAAACCCUUUGCCUCUGGCGGUGCACUUGCCCAGCAUACCGAAAAGAAGCAAUGGAAGGAUCUUUCUACCUCCGAGAAGGUUGCGACGGCGACAAAGACUACAACCAACUACACAGUCAUCGGCGCAGGAGUCGUGCUCGUCAGCAUCAUUGGAUACGCGAUCGUUUCUGAACUCUUCGGAUCCAACAGCGACACCCACGUCUUUGGCGACGCAUUGGAAAGAGUCCGCAACAACGAAAAGCUCAAGGAUAUCAUUGGAUCCCCCAUGAUGGGUCACGGUGAACCCUCCAACUCUAAACGCCGCAGGAAUCGUCGCAUCCAUUCGCAGGUGGUUCUGGAUGCUGAGGGCAAAGAACAUCUGUUGAUGCGCUUCUAUGUCGAGGGUCCCGAUAACGAGGGAAUAGCUCAUCUGGAGAUGGUCAAGGACCAGCGCAACAAGUGGGAGUACAAGUACCUUUUUGUCGAUAUUCCAGGUGGCUUCCGCCCAGCAGAGCGUAUCUUUGUUGAGUACAACAAGUUUGCAGGACACCCUCAGAUCGAGGACAAGUAG